AUGAAUGACUUAAAUCGUGUCCCAGAUGAUCCUGAUGAUAUUGUUGUCGAUGACAUGAUAGAAAUUGAUGAAGACGAAAAUUUGCCAAGGAGAGAAAAAAAAAUUAUAAAAAGUGAAUUCAAACACGAGGAAUUGCGUGAAAUUGGUUCUAUGGCAAUAUGGACACUUUCAAGCUGGAAAGCUGGCAAUGGUGUUGAAAAUUUACGCGAUAAUAACACUGCAACAUAUUGGCAAUCGGAUGGUACGUUACCACAUCUUGUCAACAUACAAUUUCCCAAGAAAGUUUCCGUGGUGCAAAUAUCAAUUUGGCUUGAUUAUAAAAAUGAUGAAAGCUAUACCCCAAAUAAGAUAACAAUUAGAGCUGGGACUAAUUUUGGUGACCUUCAGCAGGAUUUGCGGACGGUCGAUAUUGAAGACCCUUGUGGAUGGGUUGAUAUUCAAUUAAGUGGAGACCACACAUUAACUAGAACAAGUCGUCCGGUAGGAGCACAUAUUUUUCAGAUUUCCAUUAAGUCUAAUCUGCAAAACGGUAAAGAUACACACGUCCGACAAAUCAAAAUAUUUGCUCCAAAACUUCCUCUUUUUAGGGAUGAUUCCGAUGAUGACGAUAUACCUUUUUCAUCAUUAGAAUUUCUAAUGCAUACAACC